AUCUGUAGCCUAUUGUUCAAAGUAUCUCAUCACGGCUUCCCCAUUUCUAAAUCCCUAAACCUAAAACGCCGAACAAGUUAACAACCUUGCUAAGCGUCGCCAUAAACGCCAAAGAACUCUGCUGAGUCUGCUCCACGCCUUCGUCUUCUCUUUGGCGCCGCUGCUAAUUGUCGAAGCUCGCGCUCUCGCCUGUGCUUCUCGAAGACUCGAAAUCUUGCGCUCUGAGAAAAUCUCGCUGCAAAUUGUCCUCGUCUCGUCCUCUCCACGACGUCAUCUCGUGGCUCACUCCUCUUCUACAACCACGUGAAGCUUGCAGAUCAUCUUUAUAUCGUCUGAGCCUCUCCCAUUUCUGCAUUGUCUUCAUCUCUUCUUUGUUCUUGUUUAUGUCGGAGUUGCUGCCAUAGUCCAAUAUCUGACCCUGUCUCAUUUCUGCUUCAAUCAAAGUUCCAACAGGUAAGCUUGCAAACUCAAUGUCUUCUUCUGAAAAUUUAGCUUAAUGGUGCUGUCAUAAUUGCCUACUGGAGAAAGAGAGUGGUGGUGUUGGUGGCCGGGAGUGGAAGAGAGCUUGGGGGAUGAGCCAGAAGGAGAAAUCAGAAGCCAAGUCGGCAGUGGAGGCUACGAUAGCGGAAAUGAAAGGCACCGCAAAGGGCUUUGGUCCUCUCGUCAACAAGUUCUUAAAACGAAUCGUUCAACUUCUAGAUUGAGCUUUAGUUAACCUUCCAGCGCUGAAUUAACAGCAUCGAUUACUCACAUUGCAAGGCAAAAUGUCACCAAGAUGGAAAGGGAAAGAUGCAAAAGCUAAAAAAGAUUCAGAAGCUGAAGCACACAAAGAGCCUAUGUCAAAGAUAAUAUCUCAGCUUCAGUGUUCUCUAGUUCAAUCAGAGGCUACUGGAUUUCUCUCUGGUAAUAGUGUCCGUGUUGCAGUUGGAGCAGAACAAACUGAUAUGUUUGUUAAAGCAUGCUUUGGUCAACCGGUGAGCACAGUUGAGAAGGACAAACAGUGGUUUCAGUUAGGCUUGGAGGAAGCCUUCUACCUUUGCUAUUCAUUGAAAUGCCUUAAAAUUAAUGGCAGUGAUAACAUCCCCGAAGAUGAUCAAGAGCUAUGGCAUUGCAUGAAAUUCAAGAAAAAAACAUUCCCCUGUUUCUACAAAGGUUAUUCUCACCUUCGAUUGAAAAAUUGGGUAGUGAGGCCAGGAGGUCAGUAUGGCGUUGACUUUGUUGUCUAUCGCCACCAUCCAGCUCUGGUUCAUUCUGAGUAUGGGGUACUUGUAUUAUCAGGUGGAGAUGAUGAUAAUUGUAAUGGAAGAUUGAGAGAGUGGUCUGAUUUUCAUUGCACAACCCGACUACUUGGAAGUGUUGCGAAAUCUUUGUUGGUUCUGUACAUCAUUAAAAAUGGUAUUGGUGAUGAUUCACCUUCAUGCUUGGCAAAUUAUACGGUAGAAGAGCGCACAGUCAUUAGAUGGAACCCUCAACAAUGCCGUGAAGGAUGAAAGUUAUGUAAACAUAGGUUACAGAAACAGAUAAGAUGUGUUGUAUAUCUACAAUGCCAUUAAAAUUUGCUAUCUACUUAGCCAAUUUUACGAGAA